AUGGCCUUCCCCCAGCCGAACAGCUUCAACUUCCCUUUCUUCCCUCCACCACCUUUUCAUCCCUUCCAUCCCCCACCCCCACCGCCCCGUUCAUCUCCUCCUCCACCUCCCCCGCCGAUUCGUCCAUUUUCUCCACCACCGCCUCCUCAUGUGCUUCCGCGGCCGCCUCCCCCUGUGCGUCCGGCGCCUCCACCAUCUCACCCAAAUGCUCCCCCUCCGCCGCAUGUGCGGCCACCCCCGGCCCCUGUUCCUCCCUCGCCUGCUCCAAGUCAUCCUACAGUGAUUGUAAUUGUCUUCGUUUCAUUGGGCGGCCUCCUCUUCCUUUCUUUGCUGGCUUUUGCUAUGUUUUGCUUUAUUAAGAGGAGGAAGAAGAAGGCGCCUGAAGAAAUGGACAUCGUUCAUGUUGAUGAGCAUAAAAAGGUCAAGGAAGAAAUUGCGUCCGGUCCUUUCGGACAGAAGGUCGUGGUGGUGACGGUGGAGGAUGAUGUGCACAUCGACGCUGAAAUGAAGAAGAAAGAGAGGCUUGUUGACGGUUUACAUGCGGAAUCAUCAGGGGCUAGUGAUCAGGUCAACGCUAGUGGCCAUGACCCUGAUGUGGGAAAUACUUCUGGGAUCGAACACCACCAUCACGAGCUUCAACGCAAGCCAACAAGCCACGAUUGA